UGCUGAUGAUCAUAUCAUAGCUCUUAACAGCUAAUAUCAACUUAUUAACUUCUAUUUCUUUUGCCAUGUCUGUUGUGAACUGAUUUCACGGGAAGUCCACUCAGUUCUUUCCUAAAAAAUAGUGAACUUUAUUGUUCCAUUAAACUCGCCCUUUCGGAUCACAUGGCAUUUAAGAUAACAACUCUCUAAACAAAUAUCAAACAACAAAAGUCCACUCUGUUCUGAAAGGUACACAACAAGUUAGUUAGCUGAUGCUUUUAUCCAAAGCAGCUUACAUGCACCUCAGUAUCAUAGAUUUCAUGUUUGCUGCAGGGGGUGGGAUAGUCCUUUGACCAUCAGAUUACUAAAUAAGCACUGUUACCACAAGCUCCACAAGACAUAAGACCCUGACACUUGCCAAAAGCAGAAGCAUUUUGUCAGGACUGAAACAAGGACACUUUAUCUUUUGAAAUCAUGGGGCUAUUGGAUCUGUUUCUCCACUCUUUUAGUUCUUCCCUGUUUGGAGCUCUGGUGGUCCUGCUGCUAGUCUUCAUUUUCUCCUCCUCCAGCUUCAGCUCACAGGAUAAAGGGAAGGAACCUCCAGGUCCAACACCACUUCCCCUAAUUGGGAACCUGCUGCAGCUUGACCUCAAGAACCCCUACAACACAUUUAUGGAGCUUUCCAAGAAAUAUGGAUCCGUUUUCACAGUGUAUUUGGGAUCCCAAAAAGUGGUGAUCCUGGCUGGAUACAAAACAGUGAAGGAGGCACUUGUCAACUGUGCGGAUGAGUUUGGUGACAGAUAUUCAAUGCAAAUAACAAAGGAAACUAGUGGAGGGCAUGGGAUUAUAUGGGCCAGUGGUGAAUCAUGGAAAGAGAUGAGGCGCUUUGUCUUGACUAACCUCAGAGACUUUGGAAUGGGCAAGAGAGCUUGUGAGGACAAAAUCAUGGAGGAAUGCAACUACCUGAUCGAAGUGUUAAAGAAAUGUAAAGGAGAAGCUUUCGACACAACUCAACCAAUAUACCAUGCCGUCUCUAAUAUUAUCUGCUCAAUUGUUUACGGCAGCAGAUUUGAAUAUGAUGAUACAGAGUUUACAUCACUGGUAGAUGGAGCACUAAGAAGUGUUCGGCUUGUGGGCUCCCCUUCAAUACAGCUGUUUAACCUGUUCCCAUGGAUCGGUAAAUGGAUUGCUGACCGAAAGGAACUUCACACAAUAAUUGCUGACAGCAAGAAGCAGAAUCAGAAGCUCUUCGGUCGUUUGAAAGAGACCUUCAAUCCACAGAUGUGCAGAGGAAUUGUGGGCGCCUUUCUGCUCCGAAAGCAAAAUCUGGAGGAUUCUGGGAUCACCGGCAGCCACUUUCAUGAUAGAAACCUGAUGCAGACAGUUCUUAAUCUCUUUACUGCUGGUACUGACACAACAGCAACAACGCUGAGAUGGGGACUUCUGUUUAUGGCCAAGUAUCCCAAAAUACAAGACCAGGUCCGGGAAGAGCUGAGCACGGUGAUGGGAGUUCGACAAGCGCAGGUUGAGGACAGGAAGAGCCUGCCUUUCACUGACGCUGUCAUCCAUGAGACACAGAGACUGGCUAACAUCGUCCCCAUGGCACUUCCUCACAAAACUACCAAAGACGUAACCUUCCAGGGUCACUUCAUUAAGAAGGGGACCACGGUAUAUCCUCUCUUGACAUCCGUCCUGUAUGAUGAGAGUGAGUGGGAACACCCCCGCAGUUUUUAUCCUGCUCACUUCCUGGACAAAGAUGGGAAGUUUGUUAAGCGAGAUGCCUUCAUGCCUUUUUCUGCAGGUCGCAGAGUUUGUCUUGGAGAGAGUCUGGCCAGGAUGGAGCUCUUCAUCUUCUUCACCAGCCUCUUGCAACACUUUCGUUUUACUCCUGCUCCAGGAGUUUCGGAGGAGGAACUGGAUCUGACUCCACUUGUUGGAUUCACCCUCAGCCCUUCACCUCAUAAACUGUGUGCAGUUCCUGUAUGUGAACAGUAGGGCUGGAAAAUUAGGCUUCGUCCCGCUGUCAUGAUUUUAAAUACAUUUCAUUCCAGAGAGUAUUCCUAAUAUUGAUAUUUAGUGUAGUGCAACAGCAUUGAAUAUGUACAACGUCAUAAAUGUUAUCACUUCAAUUUCCCUUCCUCACUUUAGACCUCAGACAAGUUAUUCUCUACAUCAAGUUGUGUUUCUGCCUAUAAGGUCAUUAAAUGUAAAGUGUAUCCAUAUU